AUGAUAAAUCGGUUAUUUGCUGCACUUUGUUCAUGGUUAAUAACAUGUUUUACAUUAAUACGUUUUUUAAAUAUAUUUCGACAGCUAAAUACUAUACGAUCAAAUAUAAUUCUUGUUACUUGUCUUACAAUUAUAUUCUUUACAGCAAAUAGUUAUUUAAUUGUGACAUUGGGUUAUGAUCGAGAAAGAAAAUUUCAUUUAAAGGAAAAUUUUUCUAAUAAUAGUAAUGAAAAUAUUUUUAACACAACAAGUUGUCAUAUACGCGAUGAAUAUGGUGAUAAUCCAUUAACACUAUUACUCAAUGCACUUGUUGCUGGUUUUCUCAAUCUUGUUUUACCAUCUAUGUUAACAUUGAUAGUUAAUAUUGUUAUUGUAUGUUAUAUAAAACAUAUAUAUAAAACACAAAAUUCCGAACAAAUUCAACGUCGUUCAGAUAAUAAUACAGGAACCACUUAUCGUUCGACACGUUCAACAUUACUUGUUAUAUCAAUAACAUAUACAUUAUGUUAUUUGCCAUAUUGUAUUAUUUAUCUUCUUUUAAUACAAUUUGGUGAUACAAAUGGAACAUUAUUCUAUUGGUCUGAGAUAACAUUUAUUCUACGUUAUAUUAGUCAUUCAAUAAAUUUUUAUGCUUAUAUAUUUACAAAUUAUCGUUUCCGUCGUAAUAUUACAUUAUUAUUCCGUUAUGUAUUACAAGCAUGUUUAUGUUUAAAAAAAACAAAGAAACCUAAAGAAGAAAAACGAUCUAAACGCCUUAUAUUUCGUCAUUAUCAUUUACCACGAUCAAAUAAAUCACGAACAAAAUGA